CCUGUCACAAUGGGUUUCAAAAUGACCAGCCACAGAGAUCCGUCCUUUGUCUAUUCAGUAGGUUGACUUCGUAGUCUUUCUACCCUGCACCUCUCCAAUUUGGGGGCAAGACCUAACUGCACAAGCACAACCUCCAUAAUUCCACAAGCAGAGGUGUUUGAACACACACAUGAGCACUUGGGAGUUACAGGGAGUUUGCUCAUCCAAACCCGUGCACGCACAAGGUUUGGCUGGCACAAUUUAGGGACUCUUUGGAAAUUUGUCCCAGUGAGUAAUCCAGCUUCCAUCUUGUGAUUCACGCCUUCAGACUGGGUUUAUUUUUCACUGGGAUCUAUUUAUGUGAGCUAAGGGUCAUGGGACUUUGGCUAGGCUAAGACAGGGUCCUUUAUUUUCAUUUCUUUGAUUCCAAAUAGCGCCCCUAGCAGUUACAGGAGACAUCCCUGCAGUCACUGUGUUUCAAGCACCAAAUGUCCCGUCCCACAUACUUUUCUCUCACUGAAGGAGUGACAUAUGUAGAACCUCAAAGAAGGACUCAAUAGUCCAUUACAGUCCACUGAUAUUUACCAUUCCAACAGCACCAAGAUGUCCCUCUUUGUCCAAUGUCACUCUUGAUGGCGAUAUGUCUUGGUACUGUCCCAAAGCUGCCUAGAAAUCAAUUAGAUGCACCAGAUUCACACACUGUAACACUCCCUCUUGUUCCAAUAGUGCACUUGCUCUCACUUGGCCAGAUCCUCCUAAUGGUGUAAACAGGUGCAGUUCCACUCAGGUAUCCAAAUUAAAAUCCACAAUUAAGAUUCCCGACAAGGCUAAAUAGCUGGCUAUAGAAAAAUAAUUAAAUUGUUUCUCCAACACUCCUCUCCACACACACACACUUCAUUUUUAUUCUUAGUUAUCAAGGCACCAAGGAAUAACUCACAUGGAACAUAUUCAACAUGAGAAAAUAUGCACUGCUGCACUCAGGAUAGAGGAUGCCACAAAUGUGAAUCAUUCCAAUGCCCAUGAACAUCACCCAUUGUGUGCAGCCCUCAUCCAACCAAGAGCAACACCCACCUAGUAGGAAAUGAUGAUCUUGGAGUAAAACUACAGGAAUGGGAGUUAGGAGAGCCAAGGUGUACUCGCAGCUCAGUCACGGGCACACUGUGACUGUGGGCGAGACACUUCACCCCCUCUGUGCCUCAGUUUCCCUACUUCACAAAGGAGCCAAGCUCGACAAUGUUUGUGAAGUGUCUUAAGAUCCUCACACUGCUGAUGGCUAAGUAUGAUUAGUGAUUGUGUUUCAAUGACAUACAAUAAAUACCAGGAACAGAGAAUAUCUGAGAACUAUGGUACUCAGCUAUCGUAGUGAUGAACGCUCUAUAGGAAUUACAGAGACUACAAUGGCAUUAUCACUGUUAACUUGUAGCAGGUUCAGAUUGAUCCUUUGUGGCACCUAACUUUGCUGUUGUGUAAAUAAUUAUUUCCAGCUGCUUCUCUGGGUUGGCUGUGGGCCAAAACUCAGCUGGUGUAAAUCAGCAUCGCACCAUUUAAAGUGCUGAUUUACACUGGCUGAGUUUUGGCCCUUUGUCUACAGAGCCUUAGCAAUUCAAGCUUUGGCCUGGCACAUGUCAAGAUGCCAGCUGUACGGGAGAGCCUAGAAGGAAUCACAGCCACACCUACAGGGACUGUAAUUUACCUUGUGUUUCUUCUUAUGUUGAAAAUUAGGAAAAAUAGGAAUAUCUGUAUUUGGAUAGUUAUUUUUUCCUUUCACCCAUUGACUCUAUUGUACAUUUUUAAAUGCUCUGAUGUAGCUUCUUGGAAUAAAAACGUAUUUGUGUUGUCUCUGAAGUGUGCUAAUGUGCAGAGUCUGGUACAAUUUUCUGUUGUUGUGAACACUUUGUCAUUCUGAGACCUGGUAGGCCAGAUCCUUAGCUGGUGUGAAUUGAUGUGAUUCUGUUGACUUCAAGGGAGCUGCACUGAUUGACACUGGAUGAGGAUCUGAUCCUUUUAGUGAAUUUGCUGGGGAGAGGUGCCAGAUCAACAGCAGCCCUGGAGAGCGAAAUCCUCUCCCUCUCCACCGAACAGCUGCAGCGUGGGGAACCUUCCCCAUAUUGCCCUGUCAAGAUGCCUCAAUCCUGCCUUGCAGACACCUUCUCCACGGCCCAGCCAGUCUAUGGCCUCCCUGCUGAGACUGCCAGUAAAGGUGCCAGCUAUGGUGGUGAAUAUUUAAUGUAUCCGCUCAACUGGAUGGAGGAUUCUAACUCUGCUCUAAUGGCCCCUCACAGGCCGGAGAGGAUCAGUGCUGGCUUGGACUGGAGCUCGACUGGAUGCAGUUUGGAAGAAGAGCUCUGCUAUUAGAUUCUGUGAUGGAAAUGCCAGGAAGGUCCAGUCUUGUGUUUUCUGGUUUCUGUUAGCACUUUCCUUGGAGGACCCCGGGAUGUGGAAUGAGAAUCCCUAGACACAGGGCCAGCACUAGAUUGCUAUCUGCUUCAGCAUCAUCUCCUGCACCACAAUAGGAAAUGAACCAUUUAAGAACGACAGCCCUCUAAGAAGGAUACUUCGGGGGAUGCAUCAGUUCAAUAGGGGAGGUGAAAAAAAAGCAAGAAAUGGACUUCUAGUCUGGUAGUUGCCUAACUCUUCGGUUCUGUCCCCUUAUUGCAGUUGGCUGUGGAGCAUCACCAAGUCCACAUAAGGUUCAAUGGAUGAAACCCUCAGCAACUUGUUCAGCAUUUUUCGUGCCUGUGAAGACUCUCUGCUGGGAGGAUUAGUCUCAGUGCUUUACAUCAAGCUCAGCAGGAAAAUAGACAAUCAUUCCUGUAGCAGUCAGGUGAGCAGCAGCAGCCCUUCUACAAAACCAGAACAACCCAACACUUGCCAGGCAGCGAAUGAGGUUUUGAAAAGGCCAUGCAUCCGGGGUGACAGUGGCACUUCCUCAGACAGCUCCGAGAGCUCAGACAGCAGCCCUUCCACUUGCCAGUGUCCUCGGUCAGAAGAAAGGGUCGAUUACACAUCCCUGGUCUUCCAAGCUACCGGUCGCAGUGCAAGCACUGGAGGGGACUAUGAGAACAUGAAGAUGGGAGCAGACUAUGUCAACGUGGAUCCCCAAAAAAAGAAGGUGGAUUUCUGGACCUGCUCGAGCCCUGUAUCUUCCAAACCCGUAGAAUAUACUGAAGUGAAAUUGUGAUUAUUGAGAUGCUAUUAACUAAGUUUUCCUUAGGAAUCAGAAUUGCUACAGCAGGUCAAAUCAGUGAUCCGUCCUUAGUCAGUAUCCUGUAUCCUGUCUCUGCACAUUUCACAUGGGUCACUGUCAACCUGUUCAUAUAGGUAUGUUCCUCCUAAUCCUCGUCAAUUAGUGGCUGUCAUGUCCUGAAGCUUGAAGCUUUAUAUUCCUUAUAACAUUUUAUUCUGCCUAAUGUAACUGUGCAUGAUCUUGUUAUCCAUAUAAAGGUCUCUUCCUUUCUGAUUCCUAUGAAGCUCUUGGCUAUGUUGAUACAAUGCGGCAGUGAGUUCCACUGGUUAUUCACAGCUUGUGUAAAAACAGCAUUUCCGUUUCUCAGAGAUAAACAUGCCCUUCCAUUUCAUUGGCUUCCCCUUGUUCUCACUUUAGAGAAGAGAGUAAUUAAGAACACCUAGUAAAUAUAAUACGAGGCCAAAUCCUCAGCUAGUGUAAAACCUAAUUCAACUUCAAUGGAGCUACACCAACUGAACUGGCCCUUUGAUUUGACUUGUGUUUUUAUUUGCUUGAUGUCAAUUAAUUAAAAAACUCCAACUUUUAAAA